AUGAGUUCGCCAAGCCAGCGAGGCCGCCCUCUCCGGAGACCCUCGCUUCUCUCCCUCGAUGACAGCUACCACCACCACUACCCGCUGGCCACCCGCACCGGCACGCUGGCGUCCCUCAUCCGGAGCCGCUCGCAGCAGAGGCUCAGCGGCGGUGCCGGUGGCAUCGCCGCUGCUGGUGGUGGUCCUGGCAGUGCCGGCGGCUCGUGGCCCCCGCCCGCGAGCCGCCGCAUGAGCUCCGACGACGAGGAGGCCGCGUGGGCGCGCCACGAGGACGACGACAUCGAGAGGCUCCUGAGGGACGAGACGCGCCUCGGCCAGGUCCUCAGGGGCCCUCAGAUCCGGAGCAUGAACCUCAUUGGCAAAAGCAACCCGCGCUAUAGCUGGGACCGCUACUGGAAGCAGGAGGACGAGCUCCGGGCCAUGAAGAAACCAAUCCGCGAGUACUAUGAGCGCACCAACGAGCUCAUCCAGCAAUACAUGUACAUCGACUGCCUCCUGGACUCGUCCAUCCCUCACGACCUGCUCAACGAGUACAACGCCGAGCUGGAGGCCUCCGCCUUCCGCCCCGUCGACGUGCCCGCCACCAUCAGCGAGGAGCCCAGCCUGUCCCAGUCCGUGUCUGCCUCGCUCGACCUCAACGGCUCCGGCCCCGGCCCCGGGUCGUACGGCUCCAUCACCCCGGCGUCCAACAACAACAAUACCAACAGUAACAACACCGCCGGGAGCACCAGCCCCCCCGGCAGCGGCUCCAAGCCCUCCCUGCCGCAGAAGCGCACGCCCAAGGACAUCUUCCGCUCGUCAGAGGCCCUCCCGCUCCUCAAGCACAUGGACGGCCACGAGCCGCACGACGAUGACGAGGCAGAGGACGAGUCGUCGCCCGCCCUGCCGUCGUCGCCCGACGAGACCGGCCCGCGGCCCUACCUCCCCUGGCUCGAGGACGCCGAGAUCGACAGCGACGACCCCGUCGUCACCCUCGCCAUCUGGGUCAACCUCGUCGCCAACGUCAUCCUCCUCGUCGGCAAGAUCCUCGUCGUCGUCUCCGUCCCGUCCAUGUCCGUCCUCGCCAGUCUCGUCGACGCCGUGCUCGACUUUCUCAGCACCGCCAUUGUCUGGAUCACGACGCGGCUCAUCUCCACGGGCCAAAAGGACCAGCACCAAUAUCCCGUCGGCCGUCGUCGCCUAGAACCCGUCGGCGUCUUGGUCUUCUCCGUCAUCAUGGUCACGUCCUUUGUGCAGGUCGGCCUGGAGUGUAUACAGCGCCUGGCGAGCCCAGAGCACGAGAUUCUGCAGCUGGGCCUUCCCGCCAUCAUCAUCAUGAUCAGCACCAUUGUCAUCAAGGGCGCAUGCUGGGUCUGGUGUCGCGUCGUCAAGAACUCGAGCGUCCGUGCCUUAGCCGAGGACGCCAAAACGGACGUCAUUUUCAACAUUGGAUCCAUUCUCUUUCCCAUCAUCGGAUUCUACGGCAAAGUCUGGUGGCUCGACGCCACGGGCGGCCUCCUCCUCUCCUUCGUCGUCAUCGUCACCUGGAGCCGGACGUCGGCCCACCACGUCCGCAACCUCACCGGCUUCUCCGCCCGCCCCGACGAGCGCAACCUCCUCCUCUACCUCACCAUGCGCUUCGCCACCGCCAUCCGCCAGAUCCAGAACCUCCGCGCCUACCACGCCGGCGACAAGCUCUUCGUCGAGGUCGACAUCGUCCUCUCCGCCAUCACCCCGCUCAAGGACAGCCACGACCUCAGCGAGGUCCUCACCUACUUCCUCGAGUCCGUCCCCAUCGUCGACAGGGCCUUUGUCCACGUCGACUACGCCAGCUACAACGCGCCCACGCACAUGCUCAAGCAGUCGGCCACGUGA